AUGGCUGAAGAAAAAGAUGUUGAAAUGCAAUCUGAACAGGGGGACGUGCAAAUACUAGAGAGUUCAUUUGAUGAAAGUCUUGAAGUUGAGGAUGAUACUCAGGCUAAUGUUGAACUUGAACUAGAGAACAGCGAAGAAGCCUCUAGUGAUCCAGAUGAAGUUGUGAAAGACCAGGAAAACAUUAAACUUCUUAAUGAAAGGAGACAAAUUGUAUUGGACCUACUAGAGCAAUAUAAGGUAAUUGCAAAGGAGGGUGACAAAGUUUAUAUUAUACCGAAAUUUUGGUACGACAAUUUUUUCAACGAAGAUGUUACUGAUCCUGAACUUCUGGGCCCAAUUGACACGACAUUGAUAUGCAGAGAUUAUGAUAAUUUUUUUUUAAAGGAUUACGAUGACUGCCCAUAUAUAUCUGUCCCGGAAUCUAUAUUUCUCCAACUAGUUGAAUGGCAUGGUUUAAGCUCCAAUUCAGAACCUGUCCAAACAAACCUGGUACUAGACGAAGCAACAAAUACAUUGAUCACUGAAUAUAAUAAGCUAUUUUACAGAGUACAAUAUCUGAUAGAUCCAAACGAAAAACCAUACACGCGUAAUACUAGAAAUGCCAAUAAUAUUAAUUUUUUUACCAUAUCAACUUUGUCGACUUUAACUGAAGCUGCCAAUAAAGCGUUAAAUAUUUUUUUCGAGCUUGAGUCUAAUCUGAAUAUAGACUCUACUUCAGUACGGAUAUGGCUUGCAACCACCAGUAUGGAGGAAUCCAUCCAUAAAUCGAAUUAUCUGUUGGGACCAAUCGAUUUCUUAUCGUACCAACCAAAGAUACAUGUUACAAAAGACUUGUUUGGAAAACAAUUGAGAGAUCUAAGUACCACUGGUGGUAAUUUUAUCAUUGAAGUGAAACAAAUUGAUAAAAAUUAUCAUUGGGUUUCGAACUAUUUUAAAUACAAUGAUUUCCAUCAUGCCAAAGGAACGAUGGGCCUAUCAAAUUUGGGAAACACCUGUUAUAUGAACUCUGCACUACAGUGUUUGGUCCAUAUCCCACAAUUACGGGACUACUUUUUAUAUAGUGCUUAUGAGGCAGAACUUAACACAGAUAACCUAAUUGGGUACAAAGGUUAUGUAGCGAAGGCCUUUUCUUCACUCGUCCAAAAUUUAUUUGGUGAUACCAUAACUAAGCAAGGUACCAAUUCCUCAUUUGGACCGAAUCAUUUCAAAUCUACAGUUGGUCAUUUUAAUUCAAUGUUUUCAGGAUAUCUGCAGCAAGAUUCACAAGAAUUUUUGGCAUUUCUAUUAGAUAGUUUGCACGAAGAUUUGAACAGAAUAAUCAAUAAACCCUCGACAGAAAAGCCAUCGCUUAAAGAAGGAGAUGAUUAUAAUGACCCUGCCGUUAUCAAAAGCUUAGCAGAUGAAACAUGGAAAAUGCAUUUACUGAGAAAUGACUCCGUAAUUACCGACUUGUUUGUUGGUAUGUAUAAAUCCACUUUAGAAUGCCCUGAAUGUACAAAUGUCUCGAUUACAUUUGACCCUUACAGUGAUCUAACCCUACCAUUACCAGUGGAUUCAACUUGGUCAUCAAAGGUUAGAAUUUUUCCUCAAAAUUCACCACCAUGCAUACUAGAAAUUGAGUUAUCAAAAAAUUCUACAUAUCAGGAUUUGAAGAACUAUGUAGCUAAAUGUGCGCAAAUGGAUUCUGAAGACUUAUAUGGUUGUGAAGUUUUUAGUUAUCAAUUUUACAAUAAUUUUGAAUCCGCAGAAUCAAAUUCACAAUUUUUGCCCUUGAAGGAUCUAAUUUCAGAGUCUGACGUGGUUGUAUUCUAUGAACUGCCAAGAACCGCUGAAGAUGAUGUCAUCGUUCCAAUACUGAAUACAAGAAUCGAAGAGGGUUUUAAUAAGUCUCAUUUAUUUGGUGUUCCAUUCUUUAUCGUACUUUCCCAAGAAGAAUUGAAUAAUCCUACCUUAAUCAGAAAUAAACUAGAAAAACUCUUUAUAAAUUUGAGUGGUGGAUUCAUUCAAUUCCCUUCGACUUGUGUAGAGACACCAGAAAGAUCAUUGGAUAUGUUCCCAUUACUGUCUGAGAAGUAUUCAGAAGUUGCUCUUGCUACUUCAAAAGGAUAUAUUGAAGAGGUCUUGAAGUACGCAACACCAAAUGUUGUUGAUGCUAUAGACUUCUUUGAGGUUAAAAUUUUGCAAGAUGUCAAUGAAAAACUGCGCCUAGAGUCGGAAGAUGGCAAAUUCUGGACGCCACAGUCACAUAUGAACCUGAAUAAAAUAAAAGCAAUUAGUACUUUUGUUAGUCCUAUCAUAGCAGAUAUCUACAACUAUAGAACUAUUAGUUCUAAUACUGCAAAAGAACCGACUGAUGAAGAAGCCAAAAAUGAAAAUAAGGAGGUUGAAGAGGAAGAGCAAGAAGAGGAAAACGAUGAGGAAGAACAACAAAAGGAAAAUCUUGCUGACGUUCUGAGAUCGCAUAGCUUAAUUGUCUGUGAAUGGUCACUAGAAUCUUCCAGGCUGGCAUUUUCGGAGGAGAAGGUGAUUAAUUGGGAAAAUCCAGGAGUCUUACAAAAUGUAGAACUAGAAGAAUUGAAAACACAAAGAGAAGUAGAUGGGUCCGAUAAAGAAAUCACUUUGAAUGAUUGUUUGAAUCUAUUUUCAAAACGGGAAGUGCUUGGAUUGAAUGAUUCUUGGUACUGUCCACAUUGUAAAGAACACAGACAGGCCUCUAAAAGAAUUCAACUAUGGAAUACUCCAGAUGUACUUCUAAUUCAUUUGAAAAGAUUUGAAAAUCAAAGGUCAUUUAGCGAUAAAAUUGAUGCUACAGUGAAUUUUCCGAUUGAAAAUCUUGAUAUGAGUCCAUAUUUAGUCCAUAAGGAUGAUCCAAGGGGCACGGUAUAUGAUUUAUAUGCCGUUGAUAAUCAUUAUGGUGGAUUAGGCGGUGGUCAUUAUACUGCUUACGUUAAGAAUUUCAUUGAUAACAAGUGGUAUUACUUUGAUGAUUCUAGAGUUUAUGAGACAGACCCUGAAAAGAGUGUAAGUGGAUCAGCAUAUCUAUUGUUUUACUUAAGACGUGGUUCUAAUGAAAGCGGUGGAAGUGAACAAUUACGUGAAUUGAUUAAAAAAUCGAGAUUCGAACAUGAGCAAAAAAUAAAGGAAAUAAAAGAUAAACAGGAGGAAUUGUACGAAACCAGUAAGACGAGCGAAGAGGACAAUGAAGAUGAAGAUGAAGAUGAAGAUGAAGAUGAAUAUGAAGAUGCCAUUGAAGAGGCAGAAGACCAAGCGUCAUUAGUUAAUAGAGAUAGUUUUAAGACGGUACUAGUUGAUAAAGAGCACAGCAAUGAAAGUUUUGAAAUAAGGCAUAUGAAUGACGAUGACGGAUCUGGUAGGCGGAAGAUGAGAUUAUUGAAUAAAAUCUACAAGACAGAGUCAUUGACGAAAUCUGAGUCCACAUCACCCAUACUCCUGUCACCAACAGAGCCAGGCAAUGUAACUGAUAAAAAUAGUUUGCCAUCUGAUAAAUCUGAAUAA